CUUCAGAGGGAAGUUAUUUUGCGCUUCUGGCUUUGGUUCCGUGCGUCUUUUGGAUGUUGCGCCACGCCGCAGACUUGUGUUCGCCAGCUGGCGCGUGAGCCAUAGCGUGCUGUUCAGGCAACGACACACUGAUCCUGGCCGACACGAGACGUAGCCGACGCGCGUUUCCUCUCCAACGGUUAAACGUCUUGAAUAUGAUGUUUAUCAGAUGAGCAGCAAAGAGUUCCCUUCGCGCCAUGUCCCUCUGUCGGACCGAAGUGGACAAUGAAGUUAUGGGAUAGUCUGACCACUUGUUUGAUCCUGCUGAGUUCCGUGCGCGCCAGUCCGAUGGCGCGGAGCCGACAGCAGUCCGUGCCCGCCAGGAGGAGAGAGCGCGUGCCCCCCGAGACUCCACGGGAGCAGCCGCCGCUUCACAUCCGAGUGUCUGUCACUUCCACGGACACGGCGGAGUGGGAAGAGACACAGGAGACUGCAGGAGGACAAUCCACCGUGGAGGAGCCGCUCCCCAGCGAGUUUCAAGAUUUAGUGGACUUCAUCAAAGUGACCAUCAGGAGGAUACGUCGCUCCUCUGUGUCCUCAUCUACCUCCUCCUCCUCCUCCUCCUCCUCCUCCACCACCCUGUCCCCUUCCAAAGAAAAUUUGAGCAGUAGCAGUCGUCACAGAAGGGAGAAGAAAAGUGGGGGAAGCCUGCAGACCGGAAAAGGAGGAGCGGGAGGUGGAGGUGGAGUGACAGGCAGGAGGGUGAGGGGAGGAGGAGGAGGAGGACGAGGACAGGGCUGUGCACUCAAACAGAUCCACCUCAAUGUGACAGAUCUGGGUCUAGGCUACCGCUCUGGCGAGGAAAUGAUAUUCAGGUACUGCUCGGGACCCUGCAGGAAGUCUGAGGCCAACUACGACAAGAUCCUCUACAACCUCGCUCACAACAGAAGGUUCCCCCCCAAAGACACGCCCUCUCGGGCCUGCUGCCGGCCAACAGCAUUUGACGAUGAUCUCUCGUUUCUGGACGACAACCUUGUUUACCACACGCUGAGAAAACACUCUGCCAGGAAAUGUGGUUGUGUGUAGGGACGGUGAAACGAGUGUCAGGUUUUGUGUAACUGUAAAUUCACGCCCACUUUAAAGUGUAUGCUAUCGAGUGUUGUUUGUUUUUUUUGUAGAUUUUUACGUUGCAAGGAACCGUGUAUGACCUCAGUUCAUCAAGUAAUAUAAGGGGAAGAUUUGUGAUGUGCAUCACACAGUACAGUCACAUGGCAUUUUUAUUAGUCCAAGUAAAACUGGACUUGGGUGUAGUGGUUAGUACUCUUGCCUUUUGCAAGCAGACUCCGGGUUUGUGACCCGACCCGGUUGGAACAAGGGCCUUUCUGCACAGCGCGACCCUCAUGUGGAG